AGUAAAAGGUGGACUACUGCAGAUUACACUCCUGUCUCUAAGAAACGGCAGUCUAAGGAAGACAGAAAACUCUUUGUGGGCAUGCUCAACAAACAACAAUCAGAAGACGAUGUACGUAGGCUAUUUGAGGCUUUUGGAAACAUUGAAGAAUGCACAAUCCUACGAGGGCCUGAUGGAAACAGUAAAGGGUGUGCAUUUGUGAAAUAUUCAUCGCAUGCCGAGGCUCAAGCAGCCAUCAAUGCCCUGCAUGGCAGUCAGACAAUGCCAGGAGCUUCUUCUAGCCUCGUAGUGAAAUUUGCAGACACAGACAAGGAACGUACAAUGCGACGCAUGCAGCAAAUGGCAGGACAGAUGGGCAUGUUCAAUCCGAUGGCUAUCCAGUUUGGGGCAUAUGGUGCCUAUGCCCAAGCACUGAUGCAGCAACAAGCAGCGAUUAUGGCAUCGGUUGCACAAGGAGGGUAUCUGAAUCCAAUGGCAGCAUUUGCAGCUGCUCAGAUGCAGCAGAUGGCAGCACUGAAUAUGAAUGGAUUAGCUGCAGCCCCCAUGACACCAACAUCAGGUGGAAGUACACCUCCUGGUAUAACUGCACCAGCUGUGACAAGCAUUCCUUCUCCGAUUGGUGUAAAUGGCUUUACAGGUCUACCCCCUCAGGCUAAUGGGCAACCUGCAGCUGAAGCUGUGUUUGCUAAUGGCAUUCAUCCCUACCCAGCACAGAGCCCAACUGCCGCUGAUCCAUUGCAGCAAGCCUACGCUGGAGUGCAACAAUAUGCAGGUCCUGCGUAUCCUGCUGCUUAUGGACAGAUCAGCCAAGCAUUUCCGCAGCCACCUCCCAUGAUUCCACAGCAACAGAGAGAGGGUCCAGAAGGUUGCAACCUGUUCAUCUACCACCUACCCCAGGAGUUUGGGGAUGCUGAACUGAUGCAGAUGUUCCUGCCUUUCGGUAAUGUCAUCUCCUCGAAAGUGUUUGUGGAUCGGGCGACAAACCAAAGUAAAUGCUUUGGUUUUGUGAGUUUCGACAAUCCUGCUAGUGCCCAGGCUGCCAUCCAGGCAAUGAAUGGUUUCCAGAUUGGCAUGAAGAGGCUGAAGGUGCAGUUGAAGAGGCCGAAAGAUGCCAAUCGCCCUUAUUGAAGUGCUUCUGCAGAAACCAGAGAAGAGGACUAGCACAGGGCAGGAGCUGAAAUGGGCCACCAUGUAAAAACAAAAACAAGUACUGUUGGGGGAAAAAACUUUGGACAUAUCAGCAAACACCAGACAAGCUGAAGACUUAAGACUUUUUUCUCUCUGAUUGUUUAGAUUGUUAUCAAAAAGUGUUAUGUCUGCUCGAUUUGGGAGAACAAGAUUUGCAAGUGAACUGAAAAAUAGAAAAUCUUGGAACUCUGAAGAAAUAUAUGAUAUCAGCAAUGAUGGCUUUCUACAAACAGGAAUUAAAAACUUGGAUUUUGACAAGGAGUGCCUGUUUUCCACCAACAAUGCUGUUGCCAUGAAGACUUGUGGUAAUAGUUGUGAAAGCAUCUUAUACGUCAUUCCUUAGCUAUUUAGGGACCAAAGGACCAAACUUUUUAUUGCAUACUUGUAGUUGUAUGUAUAAUAUGGAAGUUCUUUCAUUUCUCUUAGCUGUUCCUUAAACAGUUUGAAGAGUUAUAAGAAAUAUGUAAAAAUGCUUAAAUGCUUUUAAAUGGCAAGGUUAUAAUUAUUUGAUACUUUAGAUGGUUCUUUGGUUAUAACACUUAAAGUAUGACACUUUCAUAUGGUUUUCUGUAAAAUAUGUAAGGACUGGGUAGUUAGAUUAGGCAGAAUGGUCAUUUGUCUAAAAGCAAAAAAAAAAAAAAAACAAAAAAUAUAGCAAAGAAAAGAAAGGCACUAAACGCUUUGUAAAUGCUUCUAUCCUUCCCUUUAAAGAAAAA